CGGCGCGCAUGCGCGCCAGCGUCUUCCCGCGCCGCCGCGCCUCCAGCUGCCCUGGUUACCGUUGGUGUUUGUGAAUUCCCUGCAGCGCCUGCCUCGCUGGAGACCAGUGCCGCGGGGCUUCAGCCGCGGUUCGAGACGCGCGCGCCCGCCAUCGUCACGUGGGCCGAGGCUGCCUCGCGGUCGCUGGCGGGCGGCUGAGUCGGGAGGAAGGAUCUGCGGCCACCGCUCGCCCUCCCACUGCGCCCUAGGGCGGGCGCGCGGAUAAAAAUGGCGAAGUGGGGGUAGCUGGUGCCGAACCCGAAGCCAUGGGGCGCGCAGGUGGGGCGGUCUUCGGAGCCCCCUGAAGUGGGCGCCGGGCGGUUCUCCGCAGCGAUCUGACCUGGCGACCUCGGGCCGGCGCCUAAUAGGUCAGAUCACGGACUUUGCCAGUCGCCGGGGGCUCCGCCGAGAGUCAGAGGCAAUGGAUGAACAAAGCGUGGAGAGCAUUGCUGAGGUUUUCCGAUGUUUCAUUUGUAUGGAGAAAUUGCGGGAUGCUCGCCUGUGUCCUCAUUGCUCCAAGCUUUGUUGUUUCAGCUGUAUCAGGCGCUGGCUGACAGAGCAGAGGGCUCAGUGUCCUCAUUGUCGGGCUCCACUCCAGCUACGAGAACUAGUCAACUGUCGUUGGGCAGAAGAAGUAACGCAGCAGCUUGAUACUCUUCAACUCUGUAGUCUCACCAAACAUGAAGAAAACGAAAAGGACAAAUGUGAAAAUCACCAUGAAAAACUUAGUGUAUUUUGCUGGACUUGUAAGAAGUGUAUCUGCCAUCAGUGUGCACUUUGGGGAGGAAUGCACGGUGGACAUACCUUUAAGCCUUUGGCAGAAAUUUAUGAGCAGCAUGUUACUAAAGUGAAUGAAGAGGUAGCCAAACUUCGUCGACGUCUCAUGGAACUGAUAAGCUUAGUUCAAGAAGUGGAAAGAAAUGUAGAAGCUGUAAGAAAUGCAAAAGAUGAGCGUGUUCGGGAAAUUCGGAACGCAGUGGAGAUGAUGAUUGCACGGUUAGACACACAGCUGAAGAAUAAGCUUAUAACACUGAUGGGUCAGAAGACUUCCCUAACACAAGAAACAGAGCUUUUGGAAUCCUUACUUCAGGAGGUAGAGCACCAGUUGCGGUCUUGUAGUAAGAGUGAGUUGAUAUCUAAGAGUUCAGAGAUCCUCAUGAUGUUUCAGCAAGUUCAUCGAAAGCCCAUGGCAUCCUUUGUUACUACUCCUGUUCCACCAGAUUUUACCAGUGAAUUAGUACCAUCUUAUGAUUCAGCUACUUUUGUUUUAGAGAAUUUCAGCACUUUGCGCCAGAGAGCAGAUCCUGUGUACAGUCCACCUCUUCAAGUUUCAGGACUUUGUUGGAGGUUAAAAGUUUACCCAGAUGGAAAUGGAGUUGUUCGUGGUUAUUACUUAUCUGUGUUUCUGGAGCUCUCAGCUGGCUUGCCUGAAACUUCCAAAUAUGAAUAUCGUGUAGAGAUGGUUCAUCAGUCCUGCAAUGAUCCUACAAAAAAUAUCAUUCGAGAGUUUGCAUCUGACUUUGAAGUAGGAGAAUGCUGGGGCUAUAAUAGAUUUUUCCGUUUGGACUUACUUGCAAAUGAAGGAUACUUGAAUCGACAAAAUGAUACAGUGAUUUUAAGGUUUCAGGUUCGUUCACCAACUUUCUUUCAAAAAUGCCGGGACCAGCACUGGUACAUUACUCAAUUGGAAGCCGCACAGACUAGCUAUGUUCAACAAAUAAAUAACCUUAAAGAGAGACUUACUAUCGAGUUGUCUCGAACGCAGAAAUCAAGAGAUUUGUCACCACCAGAUAAUCAUCUUAGCCCCCAAAAUGAUGACACUCCAGAGACACGAGCUAAGAAGCCUGGGUCAUGCGCAGACAUGCUUCUCCAGGAUGGCCCUACUGCAGCUUCUGUAAGAGAGGCCAAAGAGGAUGAAGAAGAUGAGGAGAAGAUUCAGAACGAAGAUUAUCAUCAUGAGCUUUCAGAUGGAGAGCUGGAUCUGGAUCUUACUGGUGAAGAUGAAGUGAAUCACCUCGAUGGCAGCAGUUCCUCUGCCAGUUCUACAGCAACAAGUAACACGGAAGAAAAUGACAUCGAUGAAGAAACUAUGUCUGGAGAAAAUGAUGUGGAAUACAACAACAUGGAAUUGGAAGAGGGAGAGCUCAUGGAAGAUGCAGCUGCUGCAAGACCCCCAGGUAGUAACCAUGGCUAUGUUGGUGCUGGUAGUAGAAUGUCACGAAGAGCACAUUUAUGCUCCGCUGCUCCCAGUAGUUUAUUAGACAUCGAUCCUUUCAUUUUAAUACAUUUGUUGGACCUUAAGGACCGGAGCAGUAUGGAAAAUUUGUGGGGCUUACAGCCUCGCCCACCUGCAUCAUUUUUGCAGUCCACAGCGUCAUAUUCUCGAAAAGAUAAAGAUCAAAGGAAGCAGCAGGCAAUGUGGCGAGUUCCCUCUGACUUAAAGAUGCUAAAAAGACUCAAAACUCAAAUGGCUGAAGUCCGAUGCAUGAAAACUGAUAUAAAGAAUACACUUUCAGAAAUAAAAAGUAGCAGUGCUGCAUCUGGAGACAUGCAGACAAGCCUUUUUUCUGCUGACCAGGCAGCUCUGGCUGCAUGUGGCACCGAAAACUCUGGCAGAUUGCAGGAUUUGGGGAUGGAGCUCUUGGCAAAGUCAUCAGUUGCCAGUUGUUACAUACGAAACUCCACAAAUAAGAAGAGUAACUCACCUAAGCCAGCUCGGUCCAGUAUCGCAGGUAGCCUAUCACUUCGAAGAGCAGUAGACUCUGGAGAAAGUAGCCAUUCAAAGGGAGAUUGUCAACCUCUGUCUGAAGGAAGCUGUCAGUCUGGGAGCAGGCACAGUUCUCCCCGAGCCUCGACACAUGGCAGCAUUGGUGAUAUUCUGCCAAAAUCCGAAGACCGGCAGUGUCAGGCUUUGGAUUUGGAUGCUAUUGUGGUUACAGUUAUCAAUGGCUUACCUACUGUUGGGAAAAGGAGAAAAACGGUCACUGUGGGGGCUGGUGCUAAAGGAGGGCAUCUAGAAGGAAUGCAAAUGGCUGACUUGGAAAAUAAUUCUGAAACGGGGGAAUUGCAGCCUGUACUACCUGAAGGAGCGUCAGCUGCCCCUGAGGAAGAUACGCAUGCCAAUUUUCCUGAUGGUGAACAAAUAGGCCCUGAAGAUCUCAGCUUCAGUGCUGAUGAAAGCAGUGGAAGGUAAUUUUCAAACCAAGAGAACUGACUUGCAAGCUGUCUUGACUCUGAAAUUGGCUGUAGUUGGUGCUCAAAUAUGUCAUUAGUCAGAUAAUCAGAUUUGGUCUACUUGUUUUCAUCAUAUCUACCUGAAAUAAUAAUUCUGAAACUUUAGAAAGUAGAACAGUUGUAGUAUAAGACAUUAGUAUACAGGAAAAAAUUGAUAGUGUGGGAAGAAUUUUGUGUAAUGUAAUGAGUAACAAUGCAGUCCUUAAUUAACUUAGUAAAAUAGUGUAUUUAUAAAAAGCUGGUUUGUCUACGACAACAGAAGGACAAUUAACUGCCAGAAAAUGUACCUAGACUAGACAGUGCAUGCGCUCAGUAACCUGCUCAGUGUCGGAGCUCUUCUGUUUGGCUAGAGGCUCAGUUGUGUUUAAAUGGCCACCUUCAUAUUUUGGGUUUUAAUCACAGUUUAUAGUUUCAUUAGUGCCUGUAGAUUAGUGAGCAGAAAAAGGACUUAGGCAUAGGUUCUGUCCUGUAGACACUGUGUGUGAAUAACAGAAGUAACACUAGACUGAAGCUCCUCUUUGGACUAUGCUGACUGACUGACGUUAACUUAUUUAUCUUUUCUUGUUUGUUCAAGUGCAGGCACACUGAUUAAUGGCACAUAAUUGUUCUGCUGUAUGACUUUUACAGAUGUAAUUUUAAAUGAGUUAAGUUAAUGGGGAUUGGUUAUGUUCCUGGUCACUUGUAAGAUCAUUUAAAAUUAUUUCAUUUUUCUGCCUCUUACUAAACAACUGAAGUGCAACAAGUAUUUUAAAACCCUCGUUUCUCCUUUAUUUUCAUUAGUUGGACAUUGAUUUCAGUGUCAAUAUAUUUAAGGAUCCAUACAUAUUGCACAGUGGUUUACAUGAAAUGGUGGUGUAAGGUUUACUGUCAUACUCGCAAUUAGCCCAAAUAAUUGCCAAACUUUGCCAUUGUGCUCCUGCAUUUGUGUUUGAGCUGCUAUAUUGUUUGUGAAAAGUACACUGAAAGUUGACUAAGAGACUGUUGAAAAAGCAUGAAUAUAUAUAUACAUGUGAGAGGCAUCUCAUCUGCUUAUAUUUUACUUAAUAUUGUUCACUUUUUCAUGUCUGAUAUCUUGCCGAUUGCUGUGAUUCAUGGUUUGCUUUUGUUCAAAACAGUUUGCACUUUUUGUUAAUAAAAAUGAACCUGAGAAAAUAUUA